AUGGCCGCACUGGACGAUCUGAUAAUGAUGGGACCGCCUGAAGUCGACAAGGGGUCUAUGAGUCUUAUUAUCAGUCUCCAGCGGGAUGAUAUACGACAAUAUUUCGCGUCGAACAAUGGCCAACAUGCAGAAGGAGAGCGUUCAGACACAGAUCUAGCAAUGGGCCUCUAUGCUCGGGAACUCGACAGGUUCAACAGGUUCAACCCCAUUGCCCCCGAUAGAACCCCCGAUAGACACCCAGCUUUGCAGACAGAAGAGGAUGACCAGGAUGACCAGGAUGAUGCCCAGUAUGACUCUGACAUCGAAUCUGAAUAUGGACAUGGAUAUAUAUUACGUGUGAGCGAGUACGGCGAUGAAUAUUACGAAACUAUUUACUCGACUUCUGAUGACAAUACCUCAGAAGGCAGCGACGGCAAUACUGAUGGAAUGCGAGGGUGUCUUGCCUGCAAUGAGAUAGAAUAUUGUUCUGACUGUCUGGCGCAAUUAUUCCGUAACGCCACAGCUGACGAGGCCUUGUUUCCUCCACGCUGCUGCCGCCGACAAAUUCCCCUCGAACCUAACGAGCAUCUCCUCCCGGAGGAUUUGGUCAGGCAUUUCCGAGACAAAGAAGUCGAGUUUUCAACACCGAACAGAACGUACUGUCACCAAGCAACCUGCUCCGCCUUUAUCCACCCUGCCAUGCAUGUCGGCCUUGUUGCAACAUGCAGUGCGUGUCAGUCUACGACAUGCAUUGCCUGCAAGGGCCCGUCUCACAAUGGCGACUGUCCUCCCAACGAUGAUCUUCAGGGAGUUGUCCGAUUAGCCCAAGAAGAAGGAUGGCAACGAUGCCCCAACUGCCAAUCGAUGAUUGAACUAAGCACUGGUUGUUACCAUAUUACUUGCCGUUGCGGCAAUGAGUUCUGCUACCUCUGUAGCGAGCCCUGGAAACAAUGCGACUCGGAAGAGAUCCAUGACAGAGGCCACAAUGAUCAUGGAGAGGCUGGUGUAGCCGAAGCCCUUGCUCUAGAUGAUUACAGACAGAUCAGAAUUCUAGAUAUUGUCGAUGAUCUGAUGGAGAACUAUGAGUGUGAUCACCCAUUUUGGCGCUCUGUACAGGGACGCAACCGUUGUGAGACGUGUGGCGAACGUAUGAGGUUCUUCAUAUAUGAAUGCCGCGUGUGCAACAUUCUAGUCUGUCGAGGAUGUCGGUAUAAUCGUCUCUAG